UUAACCUUGACCAAGACAGAAUAGCACACUGAGUGAUACAUUAUAAUGGCAGCCAGCUUGUCUCUCCUGGAGAAACACCUCUCUUGUCCCGUGUGUAGUGACAUAUUCAGCAACCCUGUCGUCCUCAAAUGCAGCCACAGCUUCUGUGAGGAGUGUCUUCAGAAAUACUGGAAGGAUAUGGACAAUCUGCUGUGUCCUGUAUGCAGUAAAGAGUGUUCAAUUGAGCAACCAAGCCAAAGUUUGGUCUUAAAGAGUCUCUGUGAAUCGUUCCAGAGAGGGAGUGAAAACGAGAAAGGAUCUCAGCAUAUCUGCCAACUGCACAGAGAGAAACUCAAACUCUUCUGUUUUGAUGACAAGCAGCCCAUAUGUGUUGUCUGUCACAUAUCAAAGAAACAUAAAGGCCAUGACUGCUGUCCCAUUGAGGAGGCUCUGCCUGAUUUGAAGAGUGAAAUCCAGCGUGUGAGUUCCACUUUGAAGAAGGAAUUAGAAAACAUGAACACAGCUAGGAUGUGCCAUUCAACCUGGGAGGCGCAUAUACAGGGUCAAGCCCAGUGUGGAGAGGAGCAGAUAAGGGAGGAGUUUAAGAAACUCCACCAGUUCCUGGAAGAUGAAGAGACAGCCAGGAUAGCUGCCCUGAGAAAGGAGGAGCAACAGAAAUGUCAAGUGAUGCGAAAAAGAGCUGAGCCUUUGACCAAGCAGAUUUCAACCCUAAUAGAGACUAUUCAGAUGAUCAAGGACAUGGAUGUUGACACUAUCACAUUCCUUCAGCACUGAUGUUUAUUAUUCCCAUAGAGCCGAAUCCACAGCAACAGACACUGCAGAUGCUGAGGUAGUGUCAGGAGCAUUCAUUGACAUAGCCAAGCAUGUGGGAUCUCUGAAAUUCAAUGUCUGGAAGAAGAUGCUUGGGAUCGUUUACUAUAGAAGAAGGAAGUCAAAACAGGUCUUGGCGUCGCAGAUAAAACAAGGAGCUAGUUACGUGUGUUUGGUCGCUGUCCCCUGUAGACGAGUCUUGGAUAGCAGAGGAGGAGUCACUUUCGUGUGAAGAAGGCAUGGCUGCCCGAUUCUCUCUCCCAGAGGAGGACCUCUGUUGCUCUGUGUGCUGUGACAUCUUCAGGGAUCCCGUGGUCCUCAAGUGCAGCCACAGUUUCUGUGCAGCCUGCUUACAGCAGUACUGGUCUGGGAAGGGGUCGGCCCGGGACUGCCCUCUCUGUAGGAGGGAGUUUGUGGACGAGCCGGUGGCCAGCCUCACCCUGAAAAACCUGUGUGACUCCUACAUCCAGGAGAGUGGAGCGCUUGGGCCUACAGGGGAGCUGUGUGAACCGGGUGAGCUGUGCUCCCUUCACGGGGAGAGGCUGAAGCUGUUCUGUCUGCAGGACAAGGAGCCCAUCUGUGUGGUCUGUCACACCUCCAGGAAACAUAAAAACCAUGAGUGCUGCCCGGUGGGAGAGGCUAUAGGCGACAUGAAGGAGGAGAUGAAGUCUGUGCUUACUUGUUUGCAAGUGAAGAGGGAAGCUUUUGACAAAAUGAAGCAAAACUAUGAAAAUACAGUGACACACAUUCAGAUCCAGGCCCGGUUUGUGGCAAAGACGAUUCAUGAGGAGUUUGAGACGCUCCACCAUUUCCUCCAAGCUGAAGAGGCUGCUAGGCUUGCAGCUCUGAAAGAGGAGGAGGAGAGUAAGAGUGAGAUGUUGAGGCAGAGUAUGAGGGAGAUGGACAGAACCCUGGCCUCCCUCUCUGACACAAUCAGAGCCGUGGAGGAGGAGAUGGCUUUGGAGGAUAUGUUUUUUCUCCAGAAAUGCAAGCAGACAGUGAGAAGUGCUCAGUCUAGCACACUGCAGGACCCAGUUAUGGUCCUGGGAGCACUCAUCGAUGUGGCCAAGUACCUGGGCUCACUUCAAUACAAAGUGUGGGAGAAGAUGCAAGGGAUUGUUAAAUACACGCCAGUGACUCUGGACCCCAACACGGCUGCCCCCUGGCUCCUGCUGUCUGAUGACCUCACCAGUGUGAGGGACAGCGAUGACAAACAGAAGCUUCCAGACAACCCUGAGAGGUUUGACCCUGACACAGGCGUACUGGGCUCUGAGGGCUUCAGCUCAGGAAAGCAUGUCUGGGACGUGGAGGUUGGAGAGAACAGUGCCUGGGUCCUCGGUGUAGCCAAAGAGUCCAUCCAGAGGAAAGACAAGGUCUCCUCCGUACUGAAGAAUGGAUACCUGUCCGUGUACUUUUACCACAAGAUGUACUUUGCAGGGACCUCACCCCUGACGCGACUCAAUCUGAAGAAGAGCCCUCAGAGGAUCAGAGUGCAGCUAGACUGGGAGAAGGGGAGAGUGUGCUUCUCUGACCCAGCUGACAACACGCAGAUCUACACUUUCAAACACACCUUUUCUGAGAGGGUCUUCCCCUAUUUCUGGGUUGGCUGUAAGCAGUAUCCUCUGAGGAUUGAGCCAUUAGAGGUCUCAGUGAAAGCUGUAGAUCACACCUGAGAAUGUGUUAUGGAAUUGUCUCUAGUGUCUUUCUUGAUGUUGAGUUUAUCUGUCAUAAGAAAAAAUCGAAUAGAUAAAUAAUAUUUAAAUAUCUGCUACCUGUUGCCUUUAAAUAAACACUGACAUUUGAUUUUCUAAUGGACAAGUGUUGACAUUUAUUUGAUUGUGUAUGGAAUAAAAGUUUAGUUUUCUGUGUGCAAUAAAACUAAAUAAAAUGGAAUAUAUCAGA